AUGACAGGGAGGCUGAAGUUCCCCAGGCCUUUGAUGCCAUGGGGUGAAAAGGUCCACUUCAUAGAGGGCGGCUCGAAGGUGAAGCCGGCGGACGAGAAACCGAAAUGGAGGGAAGGUAUUUUUGUGGGGUUCGUUGACAAAAGCAACGAGUACAUCAUCGCUACACCUUCCGGUUGCCUCCGGAGCAGCAGUGCGAAGAGAAUGAGCAAGGCUGACGCCUCCGACCCAGCGUUGUUUAGGUCGUGUGUUGGAACGCCUUGGAAAAUGGUGCCCUCUAGCUUAUCAGGGGCAUCCCAAGAAGAUGCGCCUCUGGCCAGGCCGUUGACAGUGCGGCCUGUUGUCCCAGAUCGUGACCUCCCUCCUCCACCUCGUGCCGGCGGAGAUCCUCUCCCGAGGAGAGUUUACAUUAGAAAGGAGAUUGAGUUGAAAAGGUAUGGGUUUACUGAGGGGUGCUUAGGAUGCCAAGCAGCACAGAGAGGAGAGAAGAUAGCGAGGAAUCAUAGCGAGGAGUGCAGGGGGAGGAUUCAGAGGGCAAUGGAGGCUGAGGGGGACACGAGGGUAGCAGCAGCCAACGAAAGGAGGGAAGCGGUGACAGUGCCAGCUCCCAGUCAUGGCGGCCAUCCGCCUCAAGAUGUCGCUGGGGACGGGAAUCUGGAUACGCAAGCUCCUAUGGGCGUAUCCGCCGAGAGCGCCGGAAGCGGCCAAGGUGCCAGCUCUGGCAGUGUGAACCCAAUUCGGGUACGGAAGGCGGGAGGCGGCGAAAGUGCCGCUCCCCACAGUGUAGCUGGAAGCGGCCCCGGUGCCAGCUCCAGCGCAGGACCAGCUAAGGUCGUGAAGACGGGACGCGGCGAGAGUGCCGGCUCCCAAAGCAGGACAGGAGGCGGCCGGGAUGCCAAUCCUGGCGCUGACUCGGCGGCAGACGCCGAGAUGGGGGACGAGGAGUCGUUCCUGGGUUUCCGUGCCUUUGAAGAGGCAGAGGCGGAAAGGGCAAAGGUAGAUUGGCAACGUGACGAGCGAGAGUGUCUCUCCGAGCUACGUUUUGAGGCAAAUUGCCACAAUGAGGUACUUCAGAUGAUGAUGCAGUUAGGGGACCAGGUGCACGUAAAUGAGGUUUUCUCUCAGCCGGGAUCUUCUGCAAAGGUCAAUCGUUUUGGGUUGUGUGCAGGUCUUGUCAUGGAUUUGCGUACAGGUUGGGAUUUCGAUCUUCCUGAACACCGGCAGCUUGCCUGGAAGCACGUUGUUGCAGAGCAGCCGUACUUAUUAAUUGGAUCCCCGGGGGACCACGAGAAGCUCCACAAAGGCCUCGCGCACACUAGGUUCGUUUGCAAGUUGUACGAGUAUCAGCACAGUCAUGGUAUGUUGUUUCUACAUGAGCACGCGUGGCAUUCGUCAUUGCACAUCUUCUUCUCCACAAGAGGUCAUCUUUAG